AUGGAGGGUCUGGACGCUGACAGAAUUUGGGAGAUAGUACAUCAGUACAAGUUGUCUGUCAAACAGAAGUAUGAGAGUAAGUGGAGCUUCAUGACUGGUGAACAAGAGUCAUUUUCUGCCCUCUAUACUGAACCACUGAUCAUUCAGAAAAACAGAAACGGCAGUUUUAAGAUCACCCAUGUGCAUGAGUUUUUUCACUUGUAUAGGGCAGUGACUGUCAUUCUCCAAGGCGACUCUGGCAGUGGCAAAUCCCUUAUAGCGCAAAAGAUCACAUUGGACUGGGCAUCUGAAGAGUUUUCUACUAGUCGUUUUUAUCUAGUUUUCUAUCUGAGGUGUGAAGAGCUGAUGUGUAUUUCUGAGGAGAUUAACUUAAUUGAGCUCUUGAGCUACAGCUGUAGUUUAACAUCAGAUCAGAUCUCACAGAUACUACAGCAUUCACCAGAGAAAGUGCUUUUCAUCAUUGAUGGAUUUGAUGAACUGAGACUUUCACAGGACAUUUAUGACAUGUCAGCACACACUAAUCCACUUCAGAAAGCCCCACCUGAGGUCAUUCUUUGUGCCCUGUUGAGGAGAUACCUCAUCCCUGAGACCAACCUGCUGGUCACCACCAGAACUAAGAACACAGUGAACAAGCUGCUGAAAGGACAAAAGUGUUUUACUGAGAUCAUGGGCUUUUCUGUGAGGAAGGUUGCGGGAUACUUCCAGAAGUUCUUCACGAAAGAGUAUGACUGUGUGAGAACAAAUGAAACCCUCCUCACUGCCUGUUCCAUUCCUGUUAUCCGCUGGAUAAUCAGUGAGAUGUUCAAGGUUGGUGCAAAUGUAACAAGUGGACUGGAAACCACCACCUCCAUCUAUGUUGACUUUGUGUCCACUCUAGUGGAGCAUCACUGCCAGGGUUUGAGUCAGUCUGUGCCGAACCUGCUGAGGAGUCUGGGUCAGCUGGCAGAGAGAGGGAUGCUGGAACAACAAGUGCUGUUUGAUGAGAAAACUGUAAAUGAAUCCAUUUCAGAACCUGCUGGCAGUCCAGUCCUGUGCAACUUCCUCUCUAAGAGAAGAAUCCAUCAGGAGACAAUGUUCACUUUCAUGUAUCAUAGCUUUCAGGAGUUCUUCACUGCUCUGUACUAUGUUCUUCUGGAUGCAGAAGAGUCUCAGAGGAAAGUGAGGGAGCUGCUUCACACUGUAGAGAGAGGUUGGGCAUUGUCUGAUUGGUCUGAUAGGGAAUUUUCAAUGGCAGAUGUAGAAGUGAGACAUACAAAACUGCUGCAACCUGUGAUUCUCUUCCUCUGUGGUCUUUGUAAGAAAGAAUGGAUCCCCUCAUUCUUUGAAAAGCUCAACAUGGCUGUUUCUAUCAGCAUAGAAACCCAGCUUAAGGAAUGGAUCAGUACAUAUUCACAGAGAUAUCAAAGUGAACACAUGCUGUUCAUUCUCCAUUGUCUCUAUGAGCUUCAUGAGAAGAGUUUCAUUAGAAAAGUCUUGGAAAAAUUGGUUUUGAUAGAUCUGUCGAAUUCACCACUGAAAAGGACAGACUGUUGGGUGUUGAAGUACUGUUUACAGUGCUGUGAACACAUCAGAAACCUGAAACUCCUUGUAACAUCUGAUAAUCUGAAGAUGCUCCAGCCUGAACUGUACCGCUGUAAAGAGCUGUGGUGA